AGCUCUCUUUUUUUCCUCUCUUUUUUUUGGUCACAGCACAGGCUGUGACUUGGUAUGCUUGUUAACGGUGACACAGAGAAGAAGCAGUAUUAGUCCGGUUUUUUUUUUCUUUUGCGUAACCGCGUUUUUCUGUCUGUCUAUUAGACUGUUGGAGCAGAGCCUGGACGCGCCGCAUAUGUAAUGAGGUCCUAUCAACUCCGGCACAGCGCUCACUCUCUAUCACAGAUGAACUAAUACAGCGGUGCUGGGACACAUAACGUGAUUUGAUGCGUUCUUGCUCGGCUCACAUGUUCUCUCCCCUAAGACCUACUGACAUUGAGUACGGAAUUGUUUGCACGGUUUAAUGGAUCCAGUGUGACGAUUCAAGAUUGGAAUCCGUCAUUCUUCUAAAUGGACGGGCAUCUUUGGGUGAUUGCUUAGUUGAGAGAAGCAGAGCGGAAAAGCGCGUUGGUUUGAUGGAUCGGAUGUGGUCAGUUGAGUCCCCGGUGUAACCUUCACGGUGUUUUCAGCAGCCGCUGUCCGGCAGUCAGUCUGUUGUCUGGACUUGGAGCUGUCCGCGGUGCUGAAGGUCGGCAGUUUCUUCAUUAUCAAGAGCAAGCAGCAGCAGCGGACAGUCGCCACCUCAUUACCAGGACUUAAACACGGUGAUCAUUCUGCGCAGGGACAGUGUUUUCCCUCAGUGGCACCAUGGGUUAUGUGGGUAUGCAACUUGUGCCGAAAACAACAAGAAAUCCUCACCAAAUCGGGGGCAUGGUUCUAUGGCUCGGGGCCUGGUCAGGUGCGGGGUGUGUUUGAGGGUGGGCCGCAGGGGAAGAAGGCCAAACUGCAGGACCCGUCCCUGUACCCCUACCAGGGAGCCUCAGGGGACUUGACACCAGCGUCAGACAGAAGCAGACCUCACGGUGGGCACCUGCACAGACAGUCAUCCCUCGACAACGGCUCCGGGCCGAGGUACUUGGGAUCAGACGGACCAAUAGACAGGAAACGAAGCCCAUCUGCAUCCAGGGAUCCAAACCAAAAAUACGACCAAAGGGAGGGGGGCGACCAUUCACAGUAUGCCCCGACGGACGGCAGUAUGCCCAGAUCACCGUCUGAUUAUGGGGAUGGGGACCCCCGGCGGGCUCCGCGGGGCCCACACAUGUACCCAGAUGUGGAUGCGUCACGAAUGGGCUACAGGGACCGGCGUGGUCCUGGACGCUGGCACUCCCAGGAAUACCCGCUGGACCAGGAGCUAGAUGGACCACCUAGUGAGUAUGACCUCCAGCGGCAGCGGCAGGAGGAAUUCCAGACUCGCUAUCGCAGUGACCCCAACCUUGCACGCUAUCCCAUUAAGCCGCAGCCCUACGAGGAGCAGAUGAGGAUGCACGCUGAGGUUGGACGCCUGCGACAUGAACGCCGUCAUAGUGAUGUCUCCCUGGCCUAUACAGAACAGGAUGAACCAAGCCCCAUCCGGCUGUCUCGACAGCAUCUCACUGAGCGCAGGCCGCCUAUGGUGGGACAGCGCUCCUACUCUGUUGACCGCUCCUCAUCUGGGCCCAUGGGUCCUGGCCUUGGAGGCCAUCGAACCUCUAAUCACAGCCCCCCCACGCCUCACCGUAGCCCUGUACUGGGUGACAGAUCAGGGGACCUGCAGAGAGGGGACCUGGGUGUAGGUGGAGAUCCAAUGAGGAGGCAGCAACACCACUUGGACCCUAGUUCAGCUGUUCGCAAGACAAAGAGGGAAAAGAUGGAGAGCAUGUUGAGGAAUGAUUCCCUCAGCUCGGACCAGUCAGAGUCGGUGCGCCCACCACCCCCCAAGCCCCACAAAACCAAAAAGGGAGGAAAGAUGCGCCAGGUGUCACUGAGCAGCUCGGAGGAGGAGCUGGCCACCACGCCUGAGUAUACCAGCUGUGAGGACGUAGAGAUAGAGAGUGAGUCAGUCAGUGAGAAAGGAGAUUUGGAUGGCCAUUGGUGGGACCAUGCGUCUUGGCAUAGCAGCGAGGCCUCCCCAAUGUCUUUGCACCCGGUGACGUGGCAGCCGUCCAAAGAUGGGGAUCGCCUAAUAGGGCGUAUUUUACUCAAUAAGCGUAUGAAAGAUGGAAGUGUGCCUCGAGACUCAGGAGCUCUGCUUGGUCUGAAGGUGGUUGGAGGCAAGAUGACAGAAUCUGGUAGACUAUGUGCUUUUAUCACUAAAGUGAGGAAAGGAAGUCUAGCAGACACUGUUGGACACCUCAGACCAGGUGACCAGGUGUUGGAGUGGAAUGGGAAGCUUUUACAAGGAGCCACAUUUAAAGAAGUUUACAAUAUCAUUCUAGAAUCCAAGCCUGAGCCACAGGUGGAACUAGUGGUGUCACGGCCUAUAGGAGAUAUUCCAAGGAUACCAGACAGCACACAUGCACAACUGGAAUCAAGUUCGAGUUCUUUUGAGUCUCAGAAGAUGGAUCGCCCAUCCAUCUCCGUCACGUCCCCCAUGAGUCCCAGCAUGCUGAGGGACGCCCCCCAGUACCUGUCAGGACAGCUCUCAAGCCAAAGCCUUAGUAGAAGAACAACGCCUUUUCCCCCUAGGGUUCAGGUCAAACUUUGGUAUGACAAAGUGGGCCAUCAGCUCAUAGUCACCAUCUUGGGCGCCAAAGACCUGCCUGCUAGGGAAGAUGGCCGGCCCAGGAACCCUUACGUCAAAAUAUACUUCCUCCCUGAUAGAAGCGACAAAAGCAAGAGGAGAACAAAAACGGUAAAGAAAUCCUUAGAGCCCAAAUGGAACCAGACCUUUAUGUACUCGCCUGUGCACCGGCGAGAGUUCCGAGAGCGCAUGCUGGAGAUCACAUUGUGGGACCAAGCCAGGGUGAGGGAGGAGGAGAGCGAAUUCCUAGGAGAGAUCCUUAUCGAGCUGGAGACAGCUCUUUUGGACGAUGAGCCACACUGGUACAAGCUUCAAACUCAUGAUGUGUCCUCCAUCCCGCUACCACGUGCCUCCCCAAACACACAACGCAGGCAGCUCCACGGAGAGAGUCCAACACGACGGCUGCAGAACAAAGGCUCAUAUUCGCACAACUCAGGAUCCCAGAGGAUAAGUGACAGUGAGAUCUCGGACUACGAUUGUGAAGAUGGUGUUGGGGUAAUAACAGAUUACAGGCCAAAUGGCAGAGACUUCCAAAGCUCCACGUUGUCGGUCCCUGAGCAGGUGAUGUCGUCUAAUCACUGUUCUCGGUCAACUGAUAUCAACCGGGCGCGAUCGCGCUCUCCCAGCGUCCCCCCACCCUCCAGCAGAAGUCUGGACCCAGCCUUUGACCUUAGGCCUUCUCAGUACAGCUCCUCCACUAGAGUGGACCACCACAGUGUGUCUGAAGAUAACUACUCACCUGACAGCCGCAACCAUCGUGUGUACCCAAUCUGCAGAGAGGAAGCAGUCAGGUUACUGCGUUCUACUAGGAUGUCCCGUGCCUAUUCAGAGGGCGCCUACUCCUCCGACUAUGAAUACGAGAGGAAUCACGGAGCCAUGGAUAGACACGAGUAUCACAGCAGGUCCCGCUCUGCAGACCAGCGACCCACUAUAGAGCGCCCCACAUCCCGCUCACGCUCCACUGAACGCCCCCACGACUCUUCGCUCAUGAGGUCCAUGCCGUCCCUGCCAUCUGGGAGAUCUGCCCCCCCCUCACCUGCCUUGACGAGGGCGCAUCCUCGUAGUGGAUCGGUACAAACAAGUCCCUCCAGUACCCCCAUGUCCAACAGACGAGGACGGCAACUCCCCCAGCUUCCACCCACGGGAAAAGAGAGAAGUAUGGACAUGGAGGAGAGGACCAGGCAGAUGAAACUAAAGAUGAACAAGUACAAACAGGGAGCAGGCUCUGACUCCAGACUGGAGCAGGACUACCACAAGCGUUCAGGCAGAGAUCCACGGGGCUCAGAUAACCUGUCGGCCAAGUCAUCGGACAGUGAUGUAAGCGACGUGUCCGCUGUGUCGAGAACCAGUAGUGCCUCUCGGUUCAGCAGCACGAGCUACAUGUCUGUCCAAUCAGAAAGGCCGCAAGGGAACCGAAAGAUACGUGACUUUGCAUCCAAAAUGAAAAACAGGCAAAUGGGCUCGUCAGGCGGGUUGAACAUGACUAAGAGCACAAGCAUCAGCGGUGACAUGUGUAACCUGGAGAAGACAGAUGGGAGCCAGUCUGACACUGCAGUUGGCACGGUAGGCACUGAUGACAAGAAGAGGCGCUCCAGCAUUGGUGCCAAAAUGCAGGCCAUGGUUGGCAUGUCACGCAAGAGCCGGAGCACCUCUCAGCUUAGCCAAACAGAAGCGGGAGGCAAAAAGUUACGCAGCACGAUUCAGAGGAGUACAGAGACGGGCCUAGCAGUCGAGAUGAGGAGCAGGAUGACUCGGCAGGCCAGCCGGGAGUCCACUGAUGGCAGCAUGAACAGCUACAGUUCUGAGGGAAAUCUCAUCUUCCCUGGUGUGAGGCUUUCCUCAGAUGCCCAAUUCAGCGACUUCCUUGAUGGUCUUGGCCCCGCCCAGCUGGUUGGACGACAGACGUUAGCUACUCCACCUAUGGGUGAUAUCCAAAUUGGUAUGGUGGACAAGAAAGGAGCACUGGAGGUGGAGAUUAUCAGAGCCCGUGGCCUUGUGGGAAAACCAGGUUCGAAGGCACUGCCAGCACCAUAUGUAAAGGUCUACCUUUUAGAAAAUGGAGUCUGCAUAGCCAAAAAGAAAACAAAAGUAGCAAGAAAAACCUUGGAUCCUCUUUACCAGCAGCAACUGCCGUUUGAAGAGAGUCCAGGGGGAAAGGUUUUACAGGUCAUUGUUUGGGGAGACUAUGGACGUAUGGACCAUAAAUCAUUCAUGGGAGCAGUUCAGAUACUGUUAGAUGAGCUGGACCUGUCCAAUAUGGUGAUUGGCUGGUUUAAGCUCUUUCCUCCUUCCUCACUGGUGGACCCUACUCUAGCACCACUGACAAGAAGAGCUUCCCAAUCCUCACUGGACAGUUUCUCUCGAUCAUAGCAGCGUGUGGACUUAUAGCGUUGUUGUAGCAGCCAGUGUUGCAAUUACAGGUCACGCCCCCGGUUACACUGCAUGCUUGAUGUUGUGUCUUCUGAGCCUGUUUCUAGGGGUGCAAAUGUGAUCCUGUGUUUUAAGCAAAAACGUUGCGCACAUUGUGCACGUGGCGACAUGUAUUGCAAGGGCCUGGCAGCCUGGAUUGCCAGGUGUUGUUGUUGAUGUUUGGAGGAAGCUGGAAUGAACUCCUUAGCACGAGGAAUCCAUCAGUUCCAGGUUUUCAUCCAAUUCGAAGCCAUGGGGGUCAGUACUGGGAACUGUCAAAUGAGUUCUACAGAAGCCCUUUUCGAAUGAAAAAAAAAUCCUCUAAUUUUUGUUUUUUUUGUUUUCAUUUAUUAUUAUUUUCUUUAAUUUUCUGUUAAUGUCAAUGUACUUGUAUCUGAAGGGGCUGACAGUGUUUCUAAACAGCUGCUUGGUCAUGCCACGCCAACAGACCUAGCUGUGUAAAUGGAGUUUUGGAGACAUCACUUUUUUGGUGAGGUGUGUCCUAGCUUGUAUCCACGCUCCCACCAAUCCCAAGAGAAAUGCCCCAAAUACUCUAAGUUUAUGUACUGAGUCAAGCCGCAGUGGUAAAUCACCAGAGAGACUUCAAAGGUAAUCAGAGGCGAUUAUGAAGUGGCUGCCAUCAAACCACCAGAAAAUACAGUAAUGAACCAAACCCCAUGAAAAAUGUACAAUCUACCAUCAUUCUUUCUCUGUUGAUAUAUUGUAUGAAAAUUAAAUGAGAAAAGAUAUUUUUUUCUAUUUAGUUCAUUUGCAUGGACACAAAUUUAGCUGAAUAAAAAAAAGAUAACUUAUUUUCUUGAGGCUGCAACUUGCAAAAAAAGAUGAAGAAAAAUGAAUAAAACAGAUCAGCCAUUUUCAACAAUUUAUAUUAUUUUUAAAGAUAAAUUUCACUAGUGCAUGGUUUUCAAGGGGAGUGAAUGCAACAUCGUGAUUUAAAAAUACAUUCUUUAUCAUUCUUUAGACCAUUCAUGAGUCUGUCUUUUAUAGACAUGCAGAUAAGAGAAACUUUAAGGAAACUUUUCAAGUUAUUUAACAGAAAACGUUUAUGUGACAAAAAGUAAUAAUGAAAAUAAAUGUAAAUGAUUUAUUUCAUUGUAAAAGGCUCAUGCCUUGUUAAGAUAAACAUUAUGUGCAAAUUGUACAUGUUUCUCUUCUUCUUCCUUGUCCCUGGGUACUUUUCAUUGUACUUUUCAUUGCUACCAUUGUUCAGUUCCCCAAUAUUGUCCAGAUUUUAGGACUGUUAAUUAUUUUACAGUUCUGUAUUGUUUCAGUAUGUAUUUAAUUUUGGAUUUGAUUUGUUUAACAAGCAUGUUGAAAAGGAUUUUCUGCAACAUGGCUUGGGCACACCUUACAGUAACUCAGCAUGUUUUGAUAAAGAUGAUAUUUGGAAUUUUUGCAGUUUCUUGUACAGUGCAUGUCAACUUCAUUACUUUUCUCCCUCACUUUAAAUUGAACUCUACAGCAAGUUAGUUCCUGGUCAUCCAUGGCCAAAUAUUGAAGUUUUAACAAAAACAUUCCACCCCCAAGGUCAUAUUUUCUUUCAGCUUUUUUGAGAAAAAAAGUGACAAGGAAAACAUUUUAUAUUCAAUGGAGGUUGACAAAACAGUUGUGAUUGCAAGUGUAUUUUAUUUCAGUAUUGUUGACAAACAUGCAAAAAUAAUCUGUACUGGUACAGCAAGAGGUCUUAACAUAAUCAAGAGUCAGCAACCAUGCAAGAUGUAUGUUGCUAUGGUUCAAUUUUACAGGCACUGUUUGUGAAGUUGAGCUAAUCACAAGUUCAAAUAACAAGGGAUAUUGCCACAGAAAAUGUUUUUUUCUUGUUUUAAUGAAAAUGAAAUUAAUUUACUAUAUUUUUGUUAGUUUUAUUUAAAAGCCAAGACCAGUUUAUAUUUUAUUUUAUAUUUUUAGUAAUUAUAAAUACUUCUCAUGUCUGGGAAGUAUGUUACAGUAUGUCUGAAUGAAAUUGAACUGAGGCAUUAUUCCUUUUCCAUAUUACAAAAAAUGUUUUAAUGUCCAAGAAAAUCUUGUGGCUGUAAAAAGCCACAGUAUAUAUUUUAAUUUAUUUUCAUUGUAAAUACCUUUAGAUGUCAGAAUUUGAAUAAACAAGCUACCAUGAAUAGAUUGAUGAUUAUUUUGGAACAGGAAAAAUGCCUCUUGAUGACGAAGACAUAUGUUUAUUAUCCUUUUGAAUGCCUUUUAAUUUUCUCUUUUUGGUGCAAUGUGUUAAUGCCAAGGCUAUGUCUUGGUUAAGUAUGGUUGAGUACAGAGAUUUAUGUAAGUUAUUUUUCAAAUUAAAAAUAAAAAAAUUGAUAUUACACUUAU